AUGUCCGGCCUCAAAAACUCGCCAUUUGGCAAACGGCUUCGUGCAUCGCAGCAAGACACGAUAGAAGAAGAAGGACACCGACGAAACAGACCUCGAGUGAAUCCGAUAUUCGGAUUGCCUCUAUCUUUAUCCUCUACACCAGGUCUGACCGCCAAUUCAGCCACCAGCGAUAGCAGCAACGGCCCCGAUAGCCCUGUUGAUGAACCGCCUCCGAGCCCAUCGCGGGGGCAAAGGAAGGAGUCGAAGCGGGAGUACUACGGCGACAGAUUUGUGCCAUCGCGUGAUGCGGGCGAUAUGCGUACAUCCUACCACUUGAUGGGCGACGCCGGUCCUUCGACGCCAUCCAAAUCGCGAAUCAUACCGUCAGAGUCCGAUGCCUUGAAAGAACAAGCCAACUCCAUCUUCAACAGUAUACUACACACCGAGGUCACGCCUCCAUCGCCACACAGGCCGUCUUCUCCUGCUCGAGCACCAUCCAUGGUGCCACCGACUACCCCAACAAGGAAGCGCCUUUUCGCGUAUUCUUCUCCAUCAUCCCGACCGACUACCCCCAAUACAUCACGUGUCCUCGACUCACCCAGCUCCUCUGCGUAUUCUAUGUCCCCCGUUCGCACGGAAUCCCGCGACCUCCUCCUUUCGCCCAGACGGCAACCACGCUCGGUAUGCAAGACGCCUUAUAGAGUGCUUGAUGCGCCAGAACUCGCUGACGACUUUUAUCUCAACCUCGUCGAUUGGUCAAGCACCAACGUCCUUGGCGUCGGGCUGGGCUCAUGUGUCUAUCUUUGGACCGCACACAAUGCAGCUGUCAACAAACUUUGUGAUCUGGCCCCCCAGGGUGAUACGGUCAGCUCGGUUUCGUGGGUGCAACACGGGACGUCAUUGGCAAUCGGUACGCUUUCAGGGCGCUUGCACAUCUACGACGCUUCUACACUUGGCCUUCUCCGAACGUACCAAAAUGCACACAGCCAGCGGAUAGGUGCUCUCGCCUGGAACUCGCAUAUCUUGUCUUCCGGAAGCCGCGACCGUAUGGUUCAUCAUCGCGAUGUCCGAAUACAAGACCAACGGCCGUUCCGAAAGUGCGCGGGGCAUAAACAAGAAGUGUGUGGCUUGAAGUGGAGUGGUGAUGGAAGCGGCGGCUCAGCGAGUUCAGGAAGUUUGGGGGCUGCCUCAGCCAAUCUUGCGAGUGGGGGCAACGACAAUAAGGUGUGUAUAUGGGAUCUGAGAGGAAGCAGAAGGUCUGGCGGUACGUCAAGCCGAUCCACUGGAUCUUCGGUAUCGAGUCUCAACAUGAACACGGCGACCUUCAACCCGAUUUCAACGAUAACUCCGGGUGUGUUGUCCGCAGGAACCUCCGUCAACAGCAACUAUCCUACCAACGCCGACGAGGGUAUGUCAAGUGGCGAUAUCGCGCCGCUUUGGAAGUUCCACGAACAUACUGCGGCCGUGAAAGCACUCGCUUGGGAUCCGCACGUGAACGGCGUGCUGGCCACGGGUGGGGGGACGCAGGAUAAGCACAUUCGGUUCUGGAAUGUUGGUCAUGGGACAAUGCUUAGCGAGCUUGAUACGGGCAGCCAGGUCUGCAACCUUAUCUGGUCGCUGACAUCCCACGAACUUGUGUCCACGCACGGCUUUUCUUCUACCACCGCUCAGAACCAGAUAUGUAUAUGGAAGUACCCCACGCUGAACAUGGUCGCGUCGCUCACCGGACACACCAACCGUGUGUUGUAUCUAGCGAUGAGCCCCGACGGGGAGACGAUAGUUACUGGCGCGGGCGAUGAGACGUUGAGGUUCUGGAAUGCGUUUCCGAAGACGAGCGGCGGGCGAGGCACGAGCUAUAGCACCGUCGGACGAGAAGAGAAGCCGGGCAGCCAAUUGGACUAUGGGAAGCUCAUCAGGUAA